GUCCCUUCUGAAGGUUGUGAGCUUCUGCCAACCCAAAACCAAAUCAUAACAAACAGUCGACUUUAACUUCGGUUCUAUACCGCGAGGUGGCAGGAUUCCCUGGACUACGUAUGGAGUAGCCGAGUAACCUGUCCUCGAUUGUGAAUCGCAGAGGGGAUGCCUGAGGAUGACAACACCUCUAUCUAUCUAGCGUUGCUUUUGAGCCAGAUGAAUUGUUUGGGAUCACAAGUGGUUGCCAAAACUCUUCAGUCUACGGCGUGGUUGUCGCAGUGAGAGAAGGACACUCACUAGCUUGUAUUUGAGAAUGAUCUGCGUCUUAUUGGUGGCCGGGCAUCAACCCCAAUUGGAUUGGGAUGUAAAACAGGAUAUUUCGGGUCGCUAUGUCCAUUUAGAGGGGGUACCCAAAGCUCUUUUGCCUGGCGUGGGAGGGAAAAAGAUCUUGGAUUCUUGGUGGGAACUCAUCAAACACAGACAAAUCUUCAAUGAGGUGUUUCUGGUGACCAAUGCUGAUAAGAUCAAACAUUUCGAGCGAUGGGCUACAGCGUCGGAUUUUCCCGUCCAAAACAUCAUCAACGACGGGACCACCUCCAGAGAAACCAGAAUUGGAGCCAUCGCUGAUCUUCAGCUAUGUCUCAAGGUGAAGAAGAUUCGGAAUCAACCGAUCAUGGUCAUCGCCGGGGACAUUCUCUUCCAGGACCAAAAAUUCGACUUGGCUCAAGUGACCAACUUCCACGGCACCAAAGCUGACGGGGACCUUGCCAUCUACUACGAGCUUGGCAACGAUGAAAGGAUUGAAACUCGAGGGAUCAUUGAAGUCUGUCCCUUUACCAACCGAAUCGUCAAGUUUUGGGAGAAACCGUCCCCCGACCAAACCAUCUCCAGGAAUGCGAGUGUUCCAUUCUACUGCUUCCAACCAGACACAAUAGCCAAAAUUGACGAGUAUCUGAGCAUGUUCCCGGGACGACACGACCUUUGCUUUGGGGAUCUCUUGUCGUGGUUGGUAAAUGACAAGGAUCAUUUGAUCUAUGCCAUGAAAUUGCCCAGUGGGUUCCAACUUAUUGGACAAACUACCUUGGAAGAUUACGACGCGUGGAUUCAGUAUUUUACGCAGCAAGAAAAAAACGAUGUUCGCACCAGACGAAUAUCAAAGCGGGCUUAUGCUCGAGUGGGACUUGUUGGCAAUCCAUCUGAUGGUUUCUUCGGAAAGACAAUUUCCAUGUCUAUCAAGAAUUUUUGGGCAGAAGUCACCAUAUCCGAGAGCAACAAGCUGGUUCUCAUCCCACAUCCAUUAUGUGACCCCACAGAGUUUGGAAGUUUAGCUGACUUGCAUGGGAUCUCUACCAAGGAAGGUUAUCUGGGAGGACUUCGACUGCUACAGGCCACUUGUAAAAAGUUUUAUCAUUUUUGCUCAACACGAGGAAUCGCGCUUGGAAAACGAAAUUUCUCAUUGAAAUAUGACACUAACAUUCCCCGCCAAGUGGGAUUGGCUGGUUCCAGUGCCAUCGUGACGGCAACACUUAAGUGUUUAAUGGCCUUUUUUCGCAUCACGGAGAAGGACAUACCCAAGGAUAUCCAGCCUCAAUUCAUAAUGGAAGUAGAAGUCUCCGAAUUGUUCAUCAAUGCGGGCCUUCAAGAUCGCGUGGUCCAAGUGUACGAAGGUCUCGUGUUUAUGGACUUCGAUAAGGAUCUAAUGGGAUCCCAAGGGUUUGGGUUGUACGAAAACUUGUCGGUUCAGGACUUGCCUUCUUUUUUCAUUUGCUACUCGAGUAAUGGAAGCGAUUCAGGCAAGAUUCAUUCCGAUGUGCGGAAAAGAUUCGAUCAAGGCGAUCCAGAGGUUGUGAACGCCAUGGAGGCCUUUGCCGAGUUGACAAAGAAAGCCAAGAGAGCGGUUCAAGAUGGAAAUUGGCCUUGCAUCGCUCAAUUGAUGAAAGACAACUUUGCCCUUAGGCGGUCAAUUUACGGAGAUACUUGUCUUGGGGCGGAUAACAUCAAGAUGGUUGACAUUGGUUGUAGAUUUGGAGCGGCUUGCAAAUUUCCAGGCAGUGGUGGUGCUGUGGUUGGUCUUUUGUUAGAUCAUUCACGUUGGGAAGAGAUGAAAUCCACGUAUGAAGAGGAAGGAUUUGUGUUUGUGAGAGUGAUCCCCAAUGUAUGAUGCUCAUUGGCAUCAAUCAUAUGGCAAAGACUUCAGCAUCUCAUUUUAAGUGACAAUGGUUCAUUUGAUUCAAAGAAUAAAUUGGAUUUGCUUGGA